AUGGCGGCAAAAUCGGCGACGUCGAAAGAAACUAAACGAAACAGAGUGAAAAUGAGCGAAAGAGAAAUAGUAUCAUAAGGCAAAGUGGAGAUGAUCGGUUCCAACAAAACGAUACUCAAGGACCCGAUCCUUAUCCUCGACCUGGUUAUAUUGGUCAUGGAACGAUUAAGCUUUGUUGAUUUUCAUAGAGCCAGAUGCGUUUCUUCAGUAUGGUAUUCCGCUUCAAAAUCAUGCCGCAUGAGACAAGCAAACCCAUGGCUCGUCCUCUUUCCUGCAGACGUACUUCACUUACCCGAGGAAAGCAUAGACGAUUCAUGUAAGUUGUUCGAUCCUAUUGACCACAAAUCAUACACAGUAAGAGAUCUCGGUUCUGAUAUCCUCAGGACUUCUUGUUUGGCAAGUUACAAUAGCUGGUUCCUCAUGUUAGACCGUAAAACCCGUUUUUAUCUUUUGAAUAUGUUCACUCGAGAGAGGAUUCAUCUCCCGUUUCUCGAUUCAAUGGAAUCAACCGACGGAUCAAAGUUGAAAUUCAAGAGAAAUUUUGACUCUAGUUUCACGGUUACGACAUUCCAUUACAAAGAUAACUUAACAUUGUUAACAACGUGCUAUGGAAUAAGCGCUGCCGUUUUGUGGGUAGAUGAAAGAAACAAAGAUUAUUUAGUUGUGUGGGCUUUUGAUCGCUCUCUUGCAUAUCACAAGAAAGGACACGAUAGCUGGAGAGUGUUUCGAUCAUCAAAGAAUCAAAGAUGCGUCGAUAUGGUGUUUAUAGAAAACAAGCUUUACGUGCUUGUUGAAGACGGAAGCACUACUGCUUUUGAUUUCUCUUGUGGUGAUUCUCCUAAGGAGUUUGCAAGUUUCACGUCUCCGGAGUGUUAUGGGCCUUAUGGACCAAUCCGUUUCAAACAUCUUGCUGUGACUUUGUCUGGACAAGUUUUGGCUAUUUCAGGAGUUAGGAACCACGUCUUGAACAUCUACAAGAUGGAUCCUAAAUCAUCAGAAUGGGCUAUAAUCGAGUCUCUAGGGGACGAAGCAUUGCUUUUGGAUCAACGAAUAACGGUUCCAGCCAAAGAUGGAGUUCUGAAAAAUUGCUUAUAUUAUAGUAAUGAUCAGUUUCGUGGAGACAAUGACUAUCAUCUACGGGAGGAUGAUAACGGCAUUUGCGUCGUCAAUAUUCAGACCAUGAAUAAAGUUCAAUUGUUUAAUCAUCUUACUGCUUCGUCGCCACUACCUUUCAAGGAUGCUCGUUGGUUUGUUCCCACUUUUGGUGGAAAAUAAAACUUAAAAAAUGAUUUUACCUCUAUCUUUUUGGUAAUGUUGAAUGAUUUUUUUUGCUCUAUCCAUCAUAUUCUUAGAAUAUUUUUUUAAGUCAAAGAACACUAUUACAUGGUGAUAUCAAUAUCAAAGA